AUGAAACACCCUGAAGGAAAAAAGACUAUUCAUCAAUGCCUCUGCCAGAUAUGCACUUGUGGUCGGCAUCAGUGCCCAUAUCAUCGGAACAUGAAGGAGACUGCAGUCCCCUACACAGACUGUAUGGCCACAGUGCAUCCACAGAAUUAUCCCGCCAAUUUUUCUGAUGCGUACCUGACUGCCGAAAGACCACAGAGUGAACGCCUGCUUCCCAAGAGCAAAUCUGUUCUGGACUAUGUGCCACCUGAGGUGAAAAGGAGGUCAAGAAGGAGAAGAGAGCAUGUGCUCCAUGAUGACAGCAUGCGUCUGACCAGCACAUAUGCACAGGACUAUCAAAAGCACACAGUGCAGAAGAACAUACGCAAGGCUAAGACUGCAGAGUACUGUCCACCAUCAGUAAAGAUGCAUGCCAAGUCUGUAUACCAAGAGGACUUCAAGGUAUGGCGCACUGAAAAACGUCAACCUUACAGAGAAAAUGACAACCUGACAGUGAACGAGGGCAAGUUUGCGACAAGCACCACAUUUAGAGAUGACUACUGCCCCAAGGGACCUGUGACGGCCAGGGAAAACUUCAAGCCACUCCCCGAGGUGCUAGAAUCCUUUCCGUUUGAUGGUGUCACCAACUACCAGCUCCACUAUGUCCCUCACCCUGUGCAAGCCAGACAGCUCAAGGAAAAACAGACGUACGAGUCGUACGAGUCUCCUUCUGAUCCCUUUCAAGGAACCUCCACGUACAAAGAGGACUUUAAGGGGUUUGUCACUGAAGUACCCAAGCGCAUCAGGCGAAAAAUUGCCUGGGAGAACAACCCAGCACCCUUCGAGGGGACAACAGAGUAUCGUUACCGAUAUAAGGCUUGGCAAACAGCACCAAAGGAGGCCCGUGAGGUGGAGGAGUGGACCCCUCCAGAAGGCGAAAUGGCAUUUCUCUCCACCGCCCACUCCGAUUACGUGAAACACGAGUGUCAGCCACCACAACCGAUUCGGCCACCCAUUCAGUGCUGGGAGAAGGAUAAGGAGCCUUUCCAGGCUAAGUCAGUGAUGAAGGAGGAUUACAAAGCCUGUGAGGUAACACGUCCAUCAGCAGCGGUACACGUCGAAGAGCUAGACAGGCCAACGGGAGCCUUUGAGAGGGUCACCACCUACACGUCAGAGUACACGCCUAAAACCGCAGAGCGGCCCGUUAGCUACAAGCCCACACAGGAGGACACGGCAUAUUCCACCAGUUAUGAGCAAAAGGAACUGGAGCCCUGCCCGGCAAGCUAUGCUGAGCCUACUGGUUUAGAGCGUGACUGCACAGAGUCCAAGGGAUACAGGCUGUACCGUACCUUCUCAGCAGGACACACUAGUCCAGCCAAACAGGCCCCCGUCAAAAGCCAGAAGCCCACUCAUUGCCACAGUCAAAACCAGAGGAACUGUGCAGCAAACACCAGAAACACGAGAGCACAUUAG